AUGGCACUCUUCGAUCCAGACCUCGGCAGUGACUUCUUUCUUCCAAAGGAUCCACGUGCGGUAGGUGCCCACGUGCAUGAUGACGAUGAAGACUUCCGUGAGGACGAUGAGCUGGGCAGCGUGAGCGAUCAACUGGAGUAUGUCUCUGGAGAUAUGGUGGCGACCCUGCGCAUCCGCGAUAUUCAGAAGGAACUCAUGCGAGCAGACCACUGCGAGGAGUCCCAUGGGCGAAAGAAGCUCCUCAUGCGACUGGUUCGAGAGAAUCAUCCUGAUCAAAACCCUGGACGAGAAGAAGAAGUGCGGCCCGUGUUCGAAUACUGCUUGCGGAUGCUGCGUUUGUGCAAGGAUGCGUAA